CCAUGGAGCACUGUGGUAUACUGAGACAGACACGAAGCUGAGCAGCAACAGCAGUUACACCAUCUAAAGCUCAGGAACCAGUAUUACCUCAUUAGACUCAAAACAAUACAAAGCCUUGACUGCUAGGCAAAGAAAAUUCUAAACAUGAAUAAUGCGGAGGUCCUAAAUGUGGCUCUUGAUGAAGACAGCUCCAACAGCAAUGACGACUUAAACUAUUCGGAAUACCAACCAAAGAACCACCCAAUUAAAAGCCAUUAUGACAUGGAUAUUGAAAAUGUACACUUUCUCCUUGAGCCAACAAUGUCAAAAAAGAAAUGCGAAACAGAAUAUCUUCCCGGAACCACAUCAUUCGGAAUGUCAGUAUUUAACCUCAGCAAUGCAAUUGUUGGAAGUGGAAUACUUGGCCUUUCAUAUGCAAUGGCCAACACAGGAAUUGCCCUUUUCAUGAUUCUUUUGGUGUUUGUUACAGUAUUUUCUUUAUAUUCCAUUCAUCUACUACUAAAAACUGCAAAUGAAGGAGGUUCCCUGUUGUAUGAGCAACUGGGCUUAAAGGCAUUUGGAAUUCCUGGAAAACUUGCUGCUUCUGGCUCUGUUACACUGCAGAAUAUUGGAGCAAUGUCAAGCUAUCUUUAUAUAGUGAAGUAUGAACUGCCUCUUGUAAUCAAAGCACUGAUGGACAUUAAAGAGAGCAAUGGAGAAUGGUACUUAAAUGGAGAUUACCUGGUCAUCAUGGUUUCUCUGGCUAUCAUACUUCCAUUGUCGCUGUUGCGAAACCUAGGGUACUUGGGAUAUACAAGUGGCUUUUCCCUUCUGUGCAUGGUCUUUUUCCUCAUUGUUGUAAUCUACAAGAAAUUUGAGAUUCCGUGUCCUUUAGAGGCCAUGAACAUGACUUCAAACUCGUCCUCACAUGAUCACAUGGCGCACAAUGAGACAGAUGAUGAGAUGUGCAAGCCAAAGUAUUUUGUGUUUAAUUCCCAAACUGUGUAUGCUGUACCCAUCUUGACUUUCUCUUUUGUAUGCCACCCUGCUGUUCUUCCUAUUUACCAAGAACUUAAAGGUCGGAGCCGAAGAAGAAUGAUGAAUGUUUCAAAUGUUUCAUUUUUCGCUAUGUUUAUCAUGUACCUUUUGGCUGCACUCUUUGGAUAUUUAACAUUUUACUCUAAAGUUGAGCCAGAAUUGCUUCAUACUUACUCAAAGGUUUUUGGAGCUGGUGUUAUAUUUGUGGUAGUGAGGCUUGCGGUACUCAUGGCUGUGACCUUAACCGUUCCAAUUGUAAUUUUUCCAAUUCGAAGCUCCCUAAAUGAGCUCUUUUGUUCAGGAAAGGACUUUGCAUGGAUCCGCCACAUUUUAAUCACCUUUUUGAUACUGGCUUUCACCAAUGUCCUUGUCAUUUUCGUUCCAACUAUAAGGGAUAUAUUUGGAUUCAUUGGUGCCUCUGCUGCUGCAAUGUUGGUUUUCAUUCUCCCAUCAGCUUUCUACAUAAGACUAGUGAAAAAGGAAUCAAUGAAAUCAGUGCAAAAGAUUGGGGCUCUUCUGUUUCUUAUCGGUGGAAUCAUAGUUAUGAUUGGAAGUAUGACCUUGAUUAUCCUUGACUGGAUCCAUAAUUCUACAUCAGGUGGAAAUUAAAACAGCUUGAUGAUUAACUGAGCACUUCCUUAAAGUUUGAAGUGGUCAUUCAGAAGAAUUCUACUGUGAAAUUAUUUUCACAGUUUCAUUCAGACACUUUUCCUUUGGGAACCAGAUUCUUUUUAGGGUGGACUAUUCAGAAACUCUUGGAAUAUCACAACAGGGGCAUUGCCAUCUCAAAACCAAAGAGUCUGAAGAAGGAAAUUGUUAUUUUCCAUUCUGGAGAAUGGACAAUAAUGUCAAUAAGCCAGAUGUUUGGCUGCUGUCAUUUACUGUUACUUGUAUGUAAUUAUACUUGAAUGUGCCUACAGAAACCAUUUAAUAUAAAACACUGCAGAAGUGUUACAUUGUAAUGGUGGGGGGACACCCCUAUUUUUGUAGGAAAAGCAAAAGGUUCAACAAUUUAAGAGCACUACUGAGUGGGGAAUACUGUGCUUUUUAAAGCAGCUCUCACCUUGUUUAUUACAGCAUCUGUAUUUCAUCAGUAUUUUGGGAAAUCUUUCUUGUAUAUUAAUAAGAACCACUUUGCACUGGCUGGAUAUUGAGUUCAUGCUCUGGAUAAAAGCUGAAGUGCAUAAACAACUGAAAAGAACUUAGCUGUUUAAAGGUGAAUGAAUUAUGAGGAUCUGGAAUUUGAUGGCUGCAUAUACAGCUUUGCCUGGAAUCUAGCAUAACAGCUACCAAAAGGUUUUAAACAAAAAAGGGUAUUUGUUCAAUCCAAGUGUUAUUGCUUAACUUUUGUUGAUUUCAAACUCUGGUACAAAAGUGAAAUAUUUAAAUAUUUAUUUUGAUGGCAGUUUACAACAUGUACAGUAUUUCUCAAUAUUUAUUUAAAACGACUGAAUUACUUGAGAAACAUUCUUGGUUUUUGUAGUGUUUACCCAUGAGUUAUAGCCACUUAUUUGUGAUUCUUGUGUGUCUGUUCAUCUGGAAAAAUGAAUAAUAACCUUAACUAUAUGCUUUACACUGCCACACUUGUUUACUUUAAAAUAUGCAUAGUUGAAAAUAAGGUGAUAUACCCUACAUUAAGCAAAACCAGAAUAGAUACCAUUACAAGCAAUAUAUCAUACCCGUGGUCUAGCUGUUGUUGAACUACAGCCCCCUUGUAUUGUCAAAUGGCUUUGGUUGAGAGAAGAUACAAGGAUCUGGAGUCCAACAUCAUCUGAACAGUAUUUAAUGUUCUAGGGCCACUUAAAUCUGGUAAGUGCAGACUUAGGCUAACCAGUUGUAUCUGCAUUUUGUCACCAUAACGUUUGCUAUUAGCAACAACUGCAUGUAUAUCAUUCCCAAAAGGAACAUUAAGGGGCGUAUUUAUUAUGCUAUGUAAAACUAAUUCGCCCAAAAUACGGAGUAAAAAGCUGUGUAAAAUAAAUGGAAAAGAUCGCCGUCUGAACGCUGGAUAUUACGCCGUUAUUUUCCGUAAGUUCCGGUGGAAGAAAAAACACGUAAAAAAAUUACGCCCAUUUUUACGCCAUGGCGAUGUGUGGCGAAUUUUCUCGACGUUUUUUACACAGCAUAAUAAAUAUGCCCCUUAAAGUAUUGUCACCUGAACAGGUUCUCAACAGUGAACUCAGUUUUCUUAUUCAAUGCAUUUGUCUUGUUUUGCAAAUUACACCACUUUAUGUUACAAACCUAAAAUCAAAUAGAGUCAAGCAGUGCAGUAGUGACCACACUAUCAUGGGUUAUUGCCAGUCUUCAGGUCAUCCAGCUAUUUGGCUUGGACAGACUACCAAUAACUGCUAACUAUGUAAGCAUUUAAGAUAUCGGAACAUGCUCAACACAUGAAACUGUUACUUUCGCCACACUGACUAUGACCAAAUAAGAACCGCUUAAAAUUGUAUAUUGUCUUUGUUUUUUUCCAGGUGCUUUUCUUUCAUUGUAAAUCAAAGUUAAUGUCACUGUUUACUAUGGAACACAAAUAUUUUUUUGAUUACAUUUAAACCUGUUCCCUUUAUUUAUGCUCUCUCAGUGAUAUAGGCCACAGCAUAGCAGUGUGUUAAUGAAACAUGAUGCAGUUUAAAGGCGUUAUAUUUACCCGUUUUAAAAGCCAAAAGAGAAACAUAGAAAUCCCCAUAAUCUGCUGCUUUAAUCAUGAGGUGGGGGAGGUGCAAUUUAAAAAUAUAUUUCAACUUUAAGCCUUUUACAGAAACCUCAUUGCAGUUCCAGAAUAUGAAUAAAGUCGUUUUUAUGUGGUGCUUCUAAUAUCUAGUAACAAGUAACACUCUCUUAUGUAAUAAUGUUAUGUUAAUGUGGAGUCUGUUCAUUGAGAGCAUACCUGUACUGUAAAUAACUUAUAUUGCUGGUUACAUCUAGUUUUAUUAUAUUCUACAUCUCUAUUCUGGAACUGCAGCAGUGUGAUGCAAGGUUUUUUUUUAUAUACAGAAUCCGAUUUUUUGUUUUAUUUCUAAUUGCCCCCUUUAUUGAAGCCAUCUAUCAAUUAAACUAGUUCCCCUCUGGUUUUGCCAUCGAAUUGUCUUCCAAAGAAAAAUAUUUACGUGCUAUUUAUAUAACACUGAAUUGUUGGAUAUUUUGCAAUAGCAUGAAUAUUUGUAUUUUUUGUACAUUUCUGUAAAUAUAUAAAUAUGUUGUAUAAAGUUAUGAUUUAAUGUUUCCACUUGGGGUCUGCUUACAUCUUGUUUGUGUAUAGCUAACCCUACAUGUCAUGUUAACUUAUGCAGGGUGGAUAAGGCUAGAAAAUGUCUUUCACUGAAUGGGUGAGUAGUUGUUCAUAAUGCCAGGACCACAGAGGCUGCUAAAUCACUUGGUGUCACUUGAUGUCACUUAAUCCAGUUAGAAGCAAAGGAGCAUGUAGCAUUUGCAGACAAAGGGCAGGUGCAGUGGGAGACCCGCUGCUGACUUCCUGAGAGAGGUGCGAAGGAUAGCUUGGACUGAAAAAAAACAGCAGUUAAUGCAACACUGGGUGAAGGGGAAACCUUUCUUUCCUCUGGUUACACUUUCUCAUUUUUCAGCAGGUUGGUAGUAACCACUAAGCCCACCUAGGCUGCAUUUUCACCUACUUUACUGCAACUUUUACAUGCCUAAGUAAAAUAGCGCACUUGGCCCCAGGCUUUCAGAUAUUCUGUGCAUUUCAUAGAUUACUAGAAAUGGAUAUGUAUAGUUUUAUUAAGGAGCUAUGCAACAAACUAUGAAUAACUAAUUAACGAUGGAAUAAUUUGUACAUUUAAUAAAAAUGUAUCGUUAACUCCAUUUAAAUAUAAUUUUGUUUCAAAUAAACUCUGCAAUGUCUAACUGGCAUUGGUAAUAUAAGGAUGUCCAACCUGUAGCUGUACAGCUUCAAGUCUCAAUAUGUCCUGAAAGUUCAGGGCCUACCUAGGGAAAAUGGGACACGCUGGAAUGUCACAAGUUGUGACAUCCCAGGUAAUCACUUAGCUUGCAAAGGGCCCCUGUAUAUAAUAUCUCUGUAACUUUACAUUGAUUGUACUUCUAAGUUUUACUUACCAGCCAAAUUAAGAUUAAUUUACCAGUCUGAUGUACAGUUUGAAACAGGUAUGUCAGACUCUUUCUUCAAAUCCUCAGAAGGCCAACAACGGACUCUAGUUUUUAAGAGUGGUAGUUGGCUAGAACGUUGGAUGUUUGACAUCUUUGGCUUAAUGUUUAUAUAAUUCAUGUGUAUUAAUGUAUAAUACUUUAGUUAUUAGAGCCAGCAGGCCAUGUGGUGCUGGCAAGGCACAAGUUUUAGUGAGACACUGUUGGUUUUAAUUAAUCUACAAUAAAGAAAAUCUGAUACUGCU